UUUACCAGAAUGACUAUUCCAACAUUUGACUAUUUGCUGGAAAAGUUGCAUCCACGUUUAUACAGGACGAACACAGACAUGAGACGUUCUGUGCCUCCAGAGGAGCGACUUCUCAUUACCCUCAGGUUUCUUGCAUCUGGAGUUUCUUAUACGUCCCUAAACCAUUUUUUUUUGUUGGGAAUCUCAACUAUAUCUGGAAUAGUACAUGACACCUGUGAAGCAAUAUGGGAGGAGCUUCGGUCGUCUGCAAUGCCUGUUCCAGAUACAUCCAUGUGGCAGGAAAUUGCAAAUGGGUUUUGGAAGAAAACACAAUUCCCUAAUUGUGUUGGAGCCCUGGAUGGGAAACACAUCCGAAUUCAGAUGCCACCUGGAUCUGGCUCUCAAUUUUACAAUUAUAAAAAAUACUUCUCCCUUGUGCUAAUGGCAAUCUGCGACAGUAACUACAGGUUUGUAGCUGUCGAUAUAGGGGCCUAUGGAUCUAAUGCAGACGCAAGAGUCUUUUCAGCAUCACAAAUGGGGAGAAGACUACUUGAGGGACACUUUAAUUUCCCAUCAGAUAAACCACUUCCAGGAACUGUAGGACCAGAUAUGCCACAUGUUCUUGUAGCUGAUGAGGCAUUUGGACUUUCCUAG